AUGCAUUUCUCGUCGGCUGUGCUGGCAGCCCUGCUCUCCACGCUCACGAAUGCCUGCUUCUGCCCGUUUGUUCCAAAAUUGUUACUCUUUUGACAAAAAAGGUUAUCCAGAUCGCUAAUAAGCAGUUCGUGUGGCUGCGGUGGAGGUGGAGGUGGUUAUAAUGCCUACGCGGGUGGCGGAUACGGCGGCGGAGGCUACGCUCAGAACACUGGGAGCUACGCGGUCUUCUACAGAGAUCUGACGCCGUUCAGACAGCCGUACUAUCAGGCCCCACAGGUGCCAGAGAUCAGCAUCAACACGCGCAUAACUUGUUCUAAUUACAGUACUACCCGAGAGCACCGGCUCCACAACUUCCACCGAUGUACCAGCUGCCGAACCCGAGAUACAUUCAGCCACAAGCUCCUCCUCAACCCCAACCUCAGUACAUUGCUCCGGCUCCGGUCAUCCAGCCAUCCCACCCAACUCUUAUUCAAUCAAAACAAGUCUACAUUCAACCAGCAGCCACAGUUGCUCCGAUCGUCGACGUUCCAAGAACAACCCUUCAUGACAAUGGAUACGGAGAAGAGGAGGUGAUUGUGACGACUGCCGCUCCGCCUACCGCUGCUCCAGUCGAGGAUGCUCCAGACUUUGUCGAUGAGGCGCCAGUGAAAACGGCGAACGGAGAAAAGGAUGAGUUCUAUUACGUUUACUACGACGACAAGGGCAACAAGGUCGGAGACUCGCGCUCGGGUUCCACGUUCGCGCCGGAGAACGUGAUUGAGGAAGUGACGAGUGUCGCCCCAGCUUCAGUCCAUUUGGAGGUCACGGUAAGAGCGUCGUGAUAAACUGGUGUAAUCAUGUGAUAACUCACUUAUUGUUAAGACGCAAUUGGUUCAAGAAGAGGCCAACGAGAACUACGACGACGUCGUCGAAGAGACGCAAGUGCCGGUGAGAACCUCAUUGGCCCCCAGCUACACCCCAGAAGUCGUCACGAGCACCACCAUUCUCUUCAUCGAGCCAGGAACUCAGGCGACCGCCGCACCAGUCGGAACUGACGUGGUGUACGAGGACGAGACCGUCGAGUACGAGGACGAAGUAACCGAAACGACUGCCGGUCCGAUCGUCACGAAGAAGCCGACGUCUUCCGGAAACUACAAACGCACCGUCCAGGACAAUCAGAUCCUAGUCGAUGCCGCCGAGAACCCGGGAGAGGGCUACCGUAGUCGAAUUUCCGCAAACGGAGUGAAGAUUGUGAAGAGAUACAGACACGAUAAGAGGAAGAUUCACGAGAACUAG